CGACAUCCUUGCUUUGACUUUGCACACUACGCCCAGCAACAUCCACAAGCUACGUACUGCACAGCACAUGUCCCCACCCCCACGCCUGGCCCCGGCACGCCGGCAGGGCGGCCAUGCGUGGCAGUGCAACGGCGACAUCCGCGACUGGCCCGCCGAGUGGUUCACGCAGGACUGGUACCUCGACAACAAGAGCCUCUACGACGAGAUCGCUAACCAGGGCAUAGUUUACCCUCCAUGGUCGGUGUGGGGCUCGCUCUGCCCCUCGCCCACCUUCCCGACAAGCACCAUCUCUGUUGUCCCAAACACAACGUCCUUGAGCACCCGCAGCACCGCAGUGUCUAGCGUUGUGGUUCCCACUGCAGCCCAGGGGGCCUCGUCAUUAGCGUCGACCUCUACGUCAGGCACCGUGGCGGUAUCCAUCCCGUCAACCCCAACACCGACACCGAGUCCCACCCGCUCUCCUAGCCUCGCUGCCUUUUCGACGGUCUCCUCGACCACAUCAACAACCGGCUCCUCUAUUGCGUCACCCCCGACACCGUCCCCUGCGAAUCUGGGGUUUACGCCAUGGGAUUAUCAGGCCAAGGGCACAGUUGUGGCUGCAGCAGCCGCGAUCGGCGUCGGCGCCCUCCUCUGGGGGCUGUGGGCGCUCCUCAUCCGUCUCAAGCAGUUGUAUGCGCCUCGUUCGUGGUUUCUUCCGCCCGGUUCCCGCCCACCUGCAUCUACUAUCGCCGCCAUGCUCCUGCCUUUUCUCCAUCUUCCUCCGCUCAAUGCGCCCGCGUCUGAUGCGCAGGUGAUGUCCCACGUUGGCGCAUCAGCUCUUGGCAUCGCAGUUGUUUCGGCGGUUGUUGGGGUCGGCAUUCUUCUCCCGCUGUCGAUCGCCAACGUUCCCCACCUGUCAGUGACGACGCCCCAAAAUGCGCGGGGAGGGAAGCUCGGCAGUCUCACCGACCUAUCUCUACUUCGGCUCCUCAAUGCCCACAGUCCACCACUCUUGACUCCAGCAGCCGGCACACAAUUUGCCUCCCGGGGCGUCCUAAGCUCCACCACCCCAAUGGAAGGCUCGCGGAUACGCCUCAUUGUCAUUCUCGUCCUCAUUGCGGUCCUGUCGGUGGGCGGCACAUUAUUCAUCGUGUGGCGCACGUACGCCAAGCUCUUUGCCUACUCGAUUCGCUUUGACGAGGCCAGCGAAGGUCAAAGCAUGGUGUUUAUCCCAGCGUCCGAAGCACCGGCAUGGAAGGGUCUCACGGAAACCGGCAUUCAUCGCCAACUGACAAAGGAAGCGAAAGACAGCGGGAGUGUCGCUGGCGUGUUCGCCAUCGGCGGAUUUGAUAGUAUCAAGGAGAUGACGCGCGAGCGCGCUCACGUCCUCAAUGUACUCGAGGAGGCGGAGGCAUUAUACAUCAAGUCAUUCCCCGCGUUCCCCUCCAUGCCCGGGAACGUGAACCGCAGUCCUCCAUGCAACAGCCGCCGCGUCUCCUCUCGACUCUCCUUCCCGCUGGAUAGCUCCUCCUCUUCUGCCUCUUUGUCUGGCCAGCUCGCUGACUUUGACCCUCCCGGAGAGGGUGGAUCAGUGUUUUUGGAGGUCGAGCAACGCCAAUCUGUCAUGCGACGCUCGGGCAAGUUUAACGUCGGCGACUCAGUGAUUCGCGACGAGGAUGGCACAUUCCUUCCGGCGAAAGAGCCUGAGCCCCCCAAGGACCUCGCCCCUGCAACAGACGUCCCAUCUCCACCCAGUCUCUCAGCCCAAGACUUCGUCCGCGCGACACGCUCUUCUGCCCAGGAUCUCGUAGCGGUCCUCGACGAUAGCCGCAACCGCGAGUCGUAUAUGACGCUCUCGUCUGACCUGACUCCGCCUCCUACGACUAGGGGUGACCCGCCGCUCUCAGUGCGCCCCCAGUCGAUCUUAGCCCCUGCAAUUUUAGCCGACCUCAGAGCUAAAAUCACAUGGUCACGCGCGCGCCUGCAGAAGUUGAACAUGAGUAUCGACAAGGCGCAGCAGGAGGCGAUGAAGGAGGUGGCAACAGGCACCGGCGCCACAGUUGGGUGGAUUAUCGUCGGUCGCGGCGUCACCUCGCUUCCGUGUGCCGUCGAACUUCCCGGUCGCACAAAGGAGGACAUUUUAUGGGACAACCUUGAGGAGCCUGUGCAUUGCCGCAUCUUUUGGCCGAAAGCUGCGAGCCUUGCGGGAGUUCUUGGCCUUAUCUUCGUUCCGUUCCUGGUGCUUGCCGUGUCCUCGGCUCCUGGUUUCGCCCACCACGUCCAACCACUCAAACCGCUGGCACGGAGCGAUGGCUUUGACUCCGGCGUGGCGGAGAGCCUGGUGCCCGCCAUCGCCAUUAUUGUCCUUGUCUGUACUGGAAUCGAGUUGGUGCAGUAUUUUGUGCGGCAGACUAGGCCCGCUUCGAACUCUGAGCUACGCUUCCGCGCGCUCAAAGGUGUCACCUACCUUUUGCUAAUUAUUGGAACCAUUUGGGUUAUCACUCUGGGUGCCAUCCUGUAUGGCAUCGAUGCGUAUACGGAAAACGUCGGCAAGGCCGCGGCGGUUGCGGACGGAGUGAUGUUUAUCACUUGGCUGUCUCUAGUCCUUGUCAUCAACCUCUGCAUUCUUCCUGGCGCUGCGGCACUACAGCCUCAACGGCUGCUAAGAUGGGUCGUACAGCGACGCCGCGCCGUCACUCCGCGACAAAGGUUUCAGCACAACCUGCCUCCCAAUUACAAUCCAGCAACUGCUCUGGCACCACUCCUCGCUGGGAUGUUCUAUCUCUUCGCGCUUUGCGGAGUAUUUCCGCUAAUUUCAGUUCCUGUUUUGCUCCUCGCCUAUCUUUCUCUGGUUGCCCACCAAUGGCUCACGACAAGAGUUUUCUGCGUCACACGCGGGGGCAUGGCCGAUGCAAGGGCUGGGCUGUGGGCUCUCAGGCGACUGGGAUGGGCAGCGGGCCUGCAGCCCUUUGUUUUCGGCCUCGUGCUUCUCUCCCGGCGAGAGUGGGCGCUGGGCGGCGCGGGACUAGGUAUCACCGCGGCUGCCGUUGCCAUGUCCGAGCUCUUAACCGUCUCACUACACCGGCGUCGCCCAACUGUGUGCUUCUCGGGCCUCUCGUUGACAGAUGACUCUGAUUCGUUUGAGCGGACCCAGGCAGCCUUCCACAAAAGAGUAGAAUCUGACCAUUCCGCACUGGCGCGCUUCCACAUUCUGCUUCCUGGUCUAGGCCGGCUGGCGGCGGACAACCCGCUGCCGUUCUCGACAGACGCCAUUGACGACUACUUGUCGACUGAGCGGGCGAUGCAAGCAGCGCCAAACGCCACAACAGACGCCUUUGGGGCCAGCCAGACAAGCGUGGUUGUCACGCCACCAGCUGACUCGGCGCGCGGGCUGAUCUACCCACCCGAGUUGCUGCAACCAGCGCCAACGGUGUGGCUUCCCCGAGGCCAGUCGACUGUGGCAGAGCAGGAGGUCGACGCGCUCGCGAUGGAAGGUCUCACGGCUGUGGUGGACCAGGCGCGGGGUGCGCAACGCUAGUCUUAGAAAGGAGGCAUAUAAUAGUCUGUAAUGCUUAAAUCGGUUCUUAUAGUCUCACGACAAGAAU